AGUCUUCUGGACGUCGCCGUCGUAUCGCGCCUCGCGCGCGCGCUCCUUCGCGCGCCGUUUCGCGGCCUUUCGCGCCUUCUUCGCGUCGACGGCGUAGGCGAACGCCGGUUUCUCGGUCAUGGGCGCGUCGUCGGGCGGGGCCGGCGCGUCGGUGGCGUCGGCGGCCGAAUUCUCGCGGCGGAGCGCCUUCGCCUGCUCGACAAGCUGUUUGCGCUCGGCCUUGCGGUCGACGCUCCGUUUCGGAAUGGCCCAGCGCUGCUGCUGAAUGUCCUGCUUCGCGGCCCGGAGCGCUCGUUUCGCGGCCACUUUUUGCGCGUGCUUCUGGCGGCCGGUGAGCGGGACGGAGGGCGUCUCUUCGUCGAUGACCAUCGCAUCGUCGUCGCGCGCCUUGAGCAACGUCUUGGCGCGCUUCUUGGCCAACUUCUUGGCCUUUUGCUUGUUGGCUUUGCCCAUCGUUGCUGAUCGCAGCAGGCGAUGAAAUAGGCUGCAGUGUGCAGCAGGGCUGAAAUCGAUACCGCGGCGGUUAGACGGUACAGCGCUGCGUGUAGAGAUGCUGUGCGACUUUCGUUAUGCCCAAUCCACGAGCUGUAGUGUCGAUUAAAACGUGGUUAAGCUGGCGCUGCGCACACAGCCCAGC